AUGGUUUUACUCCCAAUAAAGACGUUGAUCAUCACUGGAUUGCUAAUCAGAUUGUUUGGUAUAUGCAAAUUUGUACAAAGUGCUCCGAACACCAAUGUCACCAGUGUUCUUUGUAAUUCUGGCAUUUAUACUGGAGGUGACCCAUUCACCAUAAGUCUGGCAUAUGUUCUUGAUGAACUAAAAAGGGUUACACCUUCUCAAGAAAGUUAUGACUACCGCAAUAUCUCUCCUUACCCUAACGCUUUUGCCUAUGGUCAUGCUUCUUGUAAUCAAAACCUUACACGCAUGGAUUGCAAAACCUGCCUCGAUGCAGCUGAAAUCCAGAUGUUAACUACUUGCAACAAUAGGAUCGGUGCCAGAGCAGUGCUUAAUGAUUGUGCUACUAGGUAUGAGCAAUACCCAUUUAAAGAUUAA